ACCCUUUAUUCCUAUCUCUUCUCUCCUUCGUUUUUUCAAUACUUGGUGAAAAUCUGUUUCCUUUUGAAGUUGCUUUUCUUGCUGCAACAAUGGGAAGAGGAAAGACAGAAUUGAAGCGUAUAGAGAACGCAACAAGUAGGCAAGUAACAUUUUCAAAGAGAAGAAAUGGUUUGAUGAAGAAAGCUUUUGAAUUAUCAAUUUUGUGUGAUGCUGAAGUUGCUCUUAUUGUUUUUUCAACAAGAGGGAGAAUUUAUGAAUUUGCUAGUUCAAGCAUUCUAGAAACAAUUGAACGAUACCGCAGUCGUAGCCGGAUUAAUAAUACUCCAACAGCAUCUGAAUCUGCAGAAAAAACUCAGCGUUUGAAGGAAGAAGCAGAAAACAUGAUGAAAAAGAUUGAUCUUCUUGAGUCUUCAAAACGAAAAUUCUUAGGAGAAGGUUUAGGGACUUGUUCCAUUGAUGAACUACAAAGGAUAGAGCAACAGAUGGAGAAGAGUAUAACCAAUAUUCGAGAAAAAAAAGCUGAGGUUUUCAGAGAACAAAUUGAACUGCUAAAAGAAAAUGAAAAAACCCUAGUUGCUGAAAAUACCAAGCUCUCUGAGAAGUAUGAUAGUUAUUCAUCACAGCAAGCAAAAAAGGAUGAUAGAGAAAAUGUAGGGGAGGUUAAAGCUUAUGCAGAUCAAAGUAGUCCAAAUUCAGAUGUGGAGACUGAAUUAUUCAUUGGUCUUCCAGAAACAAGAACAAGGCAAAUUUCUCCAAAAUUGAGGACUAAUUAAUCCCUUUAACUAUGCAAAAUGAAAAUAAGGGUAAGGCAAAGUGUCUUAUCAAUAUUAUACAUUGGAUAUGUUUCCUUUAUUAUGCUCUCUCAUCAUUCUGAUGAUAAAUAAUAAUACUAAGUGUAGUGAUUUGUUUCAUAAUAAUCUCAAACCUUGCUAUGCUCUAAAUGACAUUCAAUAUCUUUACUUUUAUAUCAGUGUAAGGACGAAUUUCUUUUAAGCAUCAGCAAAA